GAUCAGCUGCAAUGCUGGGUGUUUUGGGUUCAGGCACUAAAGGGCACUGAUGUGGAGAAGACUGUGUGUGUGUGUGUGUGUGUGUGUGUGUGUGUGCGUGUCAGGGAUGAAGGAUGGUCGGAGCACAGGUGCUCUCCUCCCUGUGCCCUCAGGGCCGGUCCUCCCCCAGUGCUCACGUCUCAACAAAGUCCCCGCUUGUUCUCGCUUUAAUCGCUCCAUCUGCCCUUGAAAUUCCUGCGCGGCCAACUCUCUCUUUUCUCUCUCUCUCUCUCUCUCUCUCUUUCUUCGUCUCAGCAGGAUUACGAACAGGCUCCGGGGGGGAUGAGGACAUAUUUUCUGUAUUAUUACACUGGUCUUAUCAGUUUAACGCCCCCGGGCCCCAGGAUCCCGGCUCAAAAUGUCCCCCAUUGCUCAGACCCGUGUCAUCGGAGGAUGUGGACACAGGUCUGCUGUCUUCUGAGAUCCCCGAGGAGAGCUCGAGGGCGUCCGAUGUGUGGCUGAGGUCCUCCCCUGCUGCCGGUCUGAAGCAGUCUGCUGCGGCUACAGCAGCCACCUGCUCCCCUACGCGCUCGGCGACCACCAGCCCUCUGCCUGACAUCGGUGGUUCAGACGCGCCAGGGGAGGGGGAAAAGAAGAAGAAGAAAGAGGUGGAUGGGAUUUUUGACAUCGUGUUCCUGGCCCAAGCGCCUGGCGAGUCUGCGUCCUCUCUCUGUGCCGACAACACCCGGUGCGCAGGAGCCGAGAGAGGGUCAGGGUCACGCGCAGGGACGGUGGACUUUUUGGACUAAUGAGAGCUGAGCGGAGUGAAGUGUAAUCACAGAACUCUCCAACUUGCCGUCCUGUCCUGGGAGAGGCGUCGCUCGUGUUCCUGUCUUGGUAGUUUGUCCUCAGUCGAGGGGUUAAGGACAGAGGAUGUGCCCCCCCCCCCCGGUGUACACUUUGUUAGGCCCUAUGAGGCUAGUUGUAAUUUGUGAAUAUGGGCUAUACAAAUAAAAUCUGAUCGACUGAUCUCGCAUUUAAUUGUUGAGUAGGUUUUUUGUGCUUCUGUUUAUUUGACUGGAAAAGCUCAAGUGGAGCUGCGGAGGCCAUUUAAAAAAAAAGAUCUAAUUCCGUCUACGCGUGAUUUAUACCGUCAUAAACGACAUUGCUGAUAAAUGGCUUUGGUCCAGUCACCUAUUUCUUUGACAUAUUUCAGGGCCCUAUCUGAGGGCGAUCAGGUGCGUCAGAGGGACCUCGAGACAAAGCAGGUAAACACAAGAUACGUAUCGAUUUACGAGGCCGUGAUGGACGAGUUUACAGUAAUGCCGUAUCUUUUAUUGCCCCUGACUGCAAAACAGUCCCGAUCUUCCUCAAAUAAUCUUUGGCCCCGAGGCCGUCACUGCAGCGCACCCGCUCC